AUGUCUAAAAUUCCCAGAAGUUUUAGACUUCUCGAAGAACUUGAAAAGGGCGAGAAGGGCUUAGGCCCCGAAUCCUGCAGCUACGGUCUAGCAAAUGGAGAUGAUAUCGCCAUGGUCCAUUGGAACGGAACGAUUUUGGGCCCCCCUCACAGCAAUCACGAAAACCGAAUCUAUUCUGUAGCCUUAGAGUGUUGCGAGGAGUACCCUGACGAACCCCCCAAAAUCAAGUUUGUUUCCAAGAUCAACCUACCCUGUGUCAACCAGACUACUGGAGAGGUCGAGCCAGAACGCUUUGGAACCUUGAAAAAUUGGAAACGCUCGUACACCAUGGAAACGGUGCUUCUGGAUCUACGCAAAGAAAUGGCGCUUCCUGUGAACAAAAAGCUACCACAGCCAUCCGAGGGCUCAACAUUCUAA